AGCAUUAAGAUAAACACGGCGCUGGUUAAUCAGUGAAGACCUCCCGUGGGCAGGACAGGAACGGGGCAGACCUCGCUGGCGGUGCGGAGCGCAGCAGAUCGAACGGAGAACACCGGAGGAAACGGGGGAGCUGCAGACCGGCCGUUUCUAAAGGACCUAAAAACGGUACGGACCCCCCAACUCAAGACCUUCCCCCUCUUCUUCACAGGGCACCUCCACAGGCCGUACGUGCUUUGGGCGUCUAUUUAAGAUCGGUGAGGAUUCAGCCACUGAAGCCAGAGCCUCCCGUCUCGCCUGACCAGACGGAACGACCGGCUCCGCUCCUGGAAUCGGAGGGGGAAAAAACUAGACUUUGUUGGAAAAGCCCUUACAACCGAAAUCCAACUGCUUUUGUAGAGAGAGGAACAGCGCAAGCCCUGGGGAAUUACUUGGACCGUGUUGCUUAGUUUUGGAAAGAUCAAUAACAGCCUGAAAGUGAUAUUUGUCUUGACUUCAAGUGGAACGGACUGAAAAGUUUAUUAACAUUUUUGGGAAACAUGUUGGGGUAUCGAUGGUGAUCCAAGAACACUUAUUCAGAAACUCACGCCAUAAAGACUCAUAUUCCACAACCUUGACCCACUGAUCACUGGAAGGAUUUAUGCUUCAUCAUUAUCUCUCUAAUGAGAUAGGACUUCAUAGUCAAACCUUGCUUAAGCUCCAGGAAAUGAACAAUCGAUAGCUAAGAAGGGCGUGUACAGCCAGAGAACAAAGGCAGAAACCUGACGUGAGGGGUGGCUGGCAAUUUCAGUACCAAUCCCAGACUUUGACUCAGCGGACAAGCCAGGGCAAACAGUUCAUCAGGGCGAAAUCAUUCUGUCCACUCGAAACUGUUAACCCUAAACCAGCGUCAUAACCAGUGGGUGGUAUUAGCCAACUACUUUCAGGACGGCAGAAAAGAAAUGAGUCAAAGGAAUGAUAAUGUAAGCUACAGGAACCAUACCAUAAAGGAGUGCAAUCUUUAUUUUCCUGUGUGAGUCAAUGUCGUGGCUGCAGUUUUCCACCGACCGCUAUUACACUUCUGGCAUUUGGCAGACGUUCUUAUCCAGAACGACCACGAAAAGACAAGCGCAUAAAUCGGAGUUUAAGAGCAACGGUAACCGUAAAGGUGGGAGGCAAAUACUCAAUAUGUGAAAACCUACUGUAUGAUCGACUGUGAACUAGUUAAGCCUAUCAGUUAAGCUUGGACAUUAUCAGUGUCCAAGCCAAGCUUGGGAAAAUCAGGACAGCUGAUUUCACUCGUCACUGUUGUUAUCAGUGCAGUGAUUUGAGUCACCAGUUGUUCCCCAUGGCUGAUGGCGAAGCGUUGCUUGGGAACGGGACGGGUGAAGGGCAUGUGGAGCAGGUGCUGCUGCCUGUGCUGGACUCCCUAAUUAUGAUUACGGGGGUGUUCGGGCACAGCCUGGUGAUCGUCAUCCUCACGGGCCGGUGCAGGAGAGCAGGAGGCCGGCCACCGCCGGGGACCGACACCCUUCUCCUGGCACUGAGCGCCGCCGACCUGCUGCUGCUGGCCUGCCUGCCCUUCCACGCCACCGCCACGGCGAUGGGCCGCUGGCCCUUCGGCGAACCCCUCUGCAAGGUCGUCAGCUUCACGGGCGUGGCCUGUUCCUCCGCCAGCGUCUUCACCCUGGCCGCGUUGGCCGUCACCCGCUACCUGACAGUGGUGCGGCCGACCUCGGCCUACCUCUGGCGGAGGCAGGCGAGGCUCCAGCUGGUGGUGGCAGCGCUCUGGCUCCCAGCGAUAGCCCUGGCGGCUCCCCAGCUGGCCUUCCGCGUGGUAGGCACCACGGGUCCGUUAUACUGCUUCGCCUUCCUGGCCGACAUCCGGCAACAGCUGGCCUACUCCAUCUCCCACUUCCUCCUGGCCUUCGCCCUGCCUCUGAGCGUCAUAGUGCUGACGUACGCCCGGAUCUACGGCUUCCUGGCGCGGAGGCGGAAGUGUUCGGCCCCCGAGACCCGCCUGGAGCUCUACCAGAAGCGAGUGACCCGGACCUCGGCCCUGCUGGUGCUGGCCUUCACCCUCUGCUGGCUGCCCUCCUACGUCCUCAUGUUCUGCCUGGUGGGGGGCACGGCGGACGGCUCGGGCCACCUCGAGGCUCUCUCCGUCUUCGCCCGCAUGGCCGGCGCCUCCUCCACCAUCGCCAACCCCGUGCUCUACGUCUUCCUGUCCAGCAAGUUCCGGAAGGACCUCCUGGAACUGUUCCAGGUGAGGGGACCCCGGAGGUCGUGCUGCUCUGAGCUCCGGGCCAAGGAGCCCGCCCGGUCUCCGGAACCUGAGGUGGAGCUGGGCCAGCCGCCCACCACCGCCCUGAGCGAGCCGGAAAGCCGGAUCAUGGGCCUUCCACCAUGUUUCAAACAGGAUUACCCAGCAGGCGGUUCCUAGCAGUUACACAGGACAAGUCAACUUGCUGUAGGGGAAUACUUAUCGUGAGCGCAGGAUAUUACGGUCCACAGGACACACGGAGACUUAUUAAAGUCUCGCCGAGACUCUAAUUCUCUAUGUCCUGUAUGACUUCAGGGUCUUGCAUUAACGCUCAUCCCAUUUUCCGGGUCAAAAGAAAUUUGUGCAGACAGAACAGUAACUAGAGGUGAUGUUGUCUUGCAGACAGGUGAGCUGUAAUCAAAGCUGAGCUAUUUGAGUGAGGGACUUCACCUCAGGGCAAGCAAAAAAUGCAAUUAGCUUGUCCAUAGGAUGAGCACUUCAAAAAGGGCUUGUGUCAAAAUGACGACUUCAAUGCGGCUUUCACCAUAAGCAAGAACAUGACUGCAGGACAGAAAGCCCCUUCAAGCACGAAAAGCAACUUGUCAAUUGGUAAUCAUAAAUUGUAUUUUUUUCUUAAAAACAUGGUACUACAUAAGUCAUGAUGCCCUCCAUUUCACCGAGUGCCUCAGGAUAUUUUUAAAAAAUAAAUAUUGUGAAACUA